GACACAGCAGUGGUUCCUCCAGAUCUGUCCUGUCUUUGCAGUGUAUAAGUCCUUGGCUACGCCGCCCUUGAGGCUGCGCGUACUGCCAUGUCCGCUUUCUCUCGACUUCAGCUCGCUGCUGCCCUCAUUGAAUACGACAACGAUCCAGACAACCCGGGCGCUGGACGGUCAGCACACGAUAGCGCCAUAUUCGCGCAUCUGCGCCGCAAUGCACCCCGCCCGACUCCCUCACGCAGGAGCACCGACUACCUGGGCGUCGCGCUUCCCGGCGAGACAGGCGGAUCCGCCGGCGACCCCGAGGAGACCGAUCUGCCUUACAGACGGUCGACACCCUCCGUUAACGCUUUGGUAAACCCGUUCCGCCAAGAGGAAUCCGAAGAGGAAGCGGAUGAAGAAGAGGAGAACGUUGACGUCGACCUGGCAUCCUGGGGACUGGAUGCGUUCAUACCUAAAGAUAAGGAAAAGGGAAAAUCGUCCAAGUCCCGCCCAAGGCGCAAGUCAGAGAAUCUUGAUUCGCUCCCCGUUCAUAAGGAGCUACAGGCUGGUAUGCAACGCGCAUCGCCUCGCAUGAGGUCCAUGAGUAUGGGCAAUUUCGACCAAUUUGGUUUGGAUGGCGCUUUCCUUGAAGCAGGUUCCAUGGGCGGUCGCCCCAAAUCCAUCGCUUCGCCUCUCGAAUUCGUUGACGUACCAAGUACAAUCAGACCCCCUCAUCCUCGCAGAGCAUCUUCCCAGCAUGCUCUCAUCGACAAAAUCCCUACAGCCGAUCCUCUCCUUUCGGUACCGUUUCCCAGAUCAGGUACACCUGCAGGUGAUGACGCUACCGUAUCAAGGCCGCUUUCUCGAGGCUCGUUCUUCGCUCCCAGACCCGGACACGAGCGCACAUAUUCCACUGCUAGUUUCGGCUCACAAGCUCUUCUUUCGGGCGACGGUCGAGAUAGGCGCCAAUCCGUAGCCAGUCUUGGAUCAAAGAUGUUACUCGACGAAGGAGAACCUAAUCCAUUCGCUGUUCGACCCCCCUCUCCUGAGAGAGCUUCGCGAUUCGAUCCCAAGGCUCGAAACCGAGCUCUCAGCAUCUCAUCUCGAGAUUUAUUAGCCGAUGAGAACAACUCGUUCAGCGUGCCACUUCCAUCGCCUUCACGUACGUCUCGCUUUGAUCCGAAAGGGGCCGCUCGUGCUCGUACCAUGUCCAAUGGCUCUCUUGGGUCACGUAUGCUUCUGGAUGAUGCUGCAUCGUAUACCAGCAACGCGCUUGAUCGACCCUAUUCAAAACUAGAGCUCAUGAGGCCGAAGGUACUCGUCAUGCCAAGUCCGUUACAGACAACGGAGCCCCCUCCAAAGCCUUCGCCUUACGCUCGAGAGGGCUUCCAACUUUCCACUGAAGGGCCGCCACUACCGGCGGCUGCACGCGCAAACAGGCGGGCGUCCGCGGUGCUUUCGACUAUCCAGCCUUCUGGGUCGUUGCCUGCGGCAAGCGCUACGAAUCCCUUCGUUCCCAAUCCCCGCGCUAGCAUGACGCUCUCUCAGCUCACUUUCCGAAGCGCAUUGUCACUUGCAGGGCAACGCGACGGCGCUUCCGCCGAUAUGGACCUUCCCCUCCCUCUACCAAGAGCAGCUGCAGAAGGGGAACAGGCGCACUUCGAGGACCCUGUCGAACCGGAACUACUGCCGGAGCCCGUUAUCACCGUCGAAGUGGAUGAGCCACAGACCGACCCGCGCGCGCGACCACCUGGUAAACUAUUUGGCAAGAGUCUGAUAGACGAUCUGGAAGAACGCAAGGCGAAUAUGCGUGCCAAGCAACGUGUGUUCAGAGGAGACGAUCGGCCCUCGAUGAUGGCUCGCCAACAACGCUCGAGCACGCUGAUAGACCCGUCGUCUUUCCAGCAGAGGCCUGUAUCACAGCGCAUGUCAUCGUUCCACUCACAGGGGACAAUGGACAAUCGCCUUUCGCGACGAAACUCGAAGACGUUGCUAAACUUUGACGACGACGGCCCUCAACGGAGCCCAGUGAGCCCAGGCACGCUUAGCACCGACAAUCAAAUGUCCAAGAGUCGUAGCGUAUUUGGGGUUGAUACGUUAUGGGAGCGGGAGAUGGCAAAACUCAAAGAGAUCGAGGCCAAGGAGAAAGCAGAAGCUGCGGAACGAGAAAAGCGCGAGGAAGCGGAAGAAGCUAACGCCAGUUCUAAGAAGGGAAAGAAGGGGAAAUCCAAGGACAAGGGCAAGGGCAAAGCCAAGGCAGAGGCCGACACUCCGUCUGUGAGCCCCACCAUCAAUGUGGACCCGUCGCCUCCUCGCGUAUCUGCAGAGCCUCCCCGACUUCCUGAAGUGGCGAAGGCUAUCACACGUGGACCACCGCCUCCCGGACUUGACGAUAGUGAGAGCUCGAAUAGUGACGUGGAAGGCGAGCCCUCCGUUGCCGCCAUCAGUGGCCGCAACCAGGUGCUCAACGAAGCCUGGGGUUCAUCUGACGAGGAAGAUCGUGUCCCGCGCCGAACCAGCGGAGUAGGGCCUCGCCAUCCAUCGACUCACAAGCCUCCAGCGCAGGCUCUGCAUGAGAUUGAUAGUGACGAAGACGUGCCGUUAGCUGCCACUGUUCAGCACGCGCGUCAGCGAUACAUCACUUCCGGUGGGCCACUUCAAGAUGAUUCCGAUGAAGAAAAACCAUUAGCAGUUCUUGUUGAAAAGGUCAAGCUCGGUGUCCCGUCCAUCGAUUUCGACAAGCCGCUGCUGUCCACAUCUUCCAAAGCCGGAGAAGACGAUGAAGACGAUCAGCCGCUUGGCCUCAGAGCUUCUCGAGCUUCGAUGCUCAGGUCUCCGUCCAAUGCCGGUCCCGUGGAAGAUGAUGACGUUCCCCUCGGCCUACGCCCAGAACAGCAGCGCCGAACCCAGUAUCAGAUGUUGGCUGCUCAGCAGCAGCAGAUGAUGAUGUUGCAGGCGCAGAUGACGGGCGGCAUGUAUUUCGGCCCUCCGCCACUUGGCCCUGCUCCGCCCAUGUUGGGAUCCCCCUUCUUCGGUCCACCGGUUCCAUCGCCCAUGAUGAUGAUGGGCCCCCCACCGCAACUUCCCUCUCCACCGCCGAUUCAGGACACUGCGAAGCUUAACCGAGUAGAUAAGUGGCGACACGACGUGGCCGUCGAAGGUGAACCUGUCUAGUGGAGGACAGCGAUACCCCUAUUCAUUUCGUCCUUCACAUAACUUGGAACCUCUCUCACUCCAUGGUCGUUUUUUUUGCUCACGGACUACGCACAUCAAUU